UCCAAUCCGGUUUCAGCUAGUUUGUGUUCCGAUAGGACAUUAAUGCUUGCUUCGGUGUUUCUAGACCCGGUUCUUACACUUUACUUAUCAGCGCGUAAGCUGUUUUAAUUGAUUUAUUUUUGUUGUGAAAGCAUACAAGAUUUACGCAGCCAUGCCUAAAAGGAGCAAAGCUAACAAUGACACUGAAGCAGCUGGGCCCAAGAGGCGGUCUGAGAGACUUCAAGGUAAACCCCAAACACCAAAGUCUGAGCCCAAGCCAAAAGUGAAGAAGGCACCUGCAAAGGGCAAGAAGGCCAAGGAGGUAGAAAAGGCCAAACCAGAGGAGAAGAAAGAGGACGCAAAGCCAGAGACUGAGUCCGAGGAGAAAACUCCUGCGGAGAACGGAGAGACCAAAGAUGAGGGGGACAAUGAUGAAGCAGGAGGCGAGGAGGAACAGGCCGACUAGAAAGAGGGAGCUGCUAAAUAACAUUUCACCAGAGCUCCCAUACCUCUUUUCUUGUACAAUACAGAGGAAUAUUUUUAUUGACUAUUUUCUAAAAAGCAGGUUUUUUAGUAGU